CGCAGGUGUUCCGGAGGGACGCUCCAAUAUGGCACAAACGCAGCAAGCUUGCGGCAGGAGGCCGACGCGGCUCAGCAGUAGGGCAGGUCUGAGGCCUCCAACAACACGUGGCCUCUCCUGAGGGGCCGGUCAAAGGGAGGCCCUGACUUCUUCCCACGUUCCCCUCCUCCAUACGCGCCACCCCGAAUGGUACAGCUUGAUUCGGGGCGUACUACCCUGCAGCAGCCCCUCUAAGAUCGCGACACACUGAGGGGCUCCCGCACCGCCUCCAACUUCCGGGUAGGCGAGACAGGGAUCUUGGUUUCGUUGUCCGCUGCUUUGGCUCCCUCGUUUUCCUGUGAGAGGAGCUGCUCCGGAUCUGGGCGCUUGAAUUAAAGGAGUCAGUUCGGUCUCUGCCGUCAAAUAAGGGGCGCUUCAAGUUGCUGCUUUGGCCUUACUCGGAAGGAAAGGAAAGCUCCGCUUUGGAUCCCAUUUGCAGUUCGUUCUAAUCACUUGUCUUCAAAAUCCUACACACCGGGAGGGGUUUAUUGGGUGGAGAUACAGUCCUUUUGAACUUUCCUCCCAGUGGGGCUGCUUCUGAGUGCAAGAGAAAAGCAAUUGUUCCCUUCGUGUUGCACUGUGGGAGUGACGUUAUGGCUACUGAGAGCCCCCGGAAGAGGCUUCAUCGUGAAGCAACUUGCCCUGUCUGCCUGGGCUACUUUGUGGAUCCUGUGACUCUAGACUGUGGACACAACUUCUGCCAAACAUGUGUCUCUAGAUGCUGGGAGGAGCCUGGCACGGGGGCCAAGUGCCCUCACUGCCGAAUGGCUGUUGGGCGGAAUUUCAGAUCAAACAGGUCUCUAGCAAAUGUUGUCGAAAUAGCUCAACAGCUAAAUUCCUCAGGCGUAGAGGGGCCAAAAUGCAUCACACACCCGGGGGGCAUGAAUUACUUCUGCAAGGAUCAUGGAGUCUUCUUCUGUAUGGUGUGCGAUGCCCCUCAACAGCACAGAUGUCGCAGCACUGCGGUCCCCAUAGAGCAGGCUGUCCAUGACUACAAGGGUCAGAUCUUUAGCUGCCUAGGAAUUCUGAGGAAGGAGAGGGGAACCAUUUUGGAAUAUAUAGCAGACUUGGAAGAGAAAAGCCAAUAUGAACUUGAGCAAAUACAAACAGAGAAGGAAAUAACAGUGUUUGAGUUCAGACGACUAUACCGGUUUCUGAAGAGAAAAGAGAAAUUUCUGGUGGGCGAGAUGGUAAGCGAGGAGAGAAAUAUUGUGAGAAUAAAGGAGCGCCAGCUGUCCCGUUUCUCUGAGAAAUUACUCUGUCUGGGAGGUUUCAUCCAGGAUAUGGAAGAACUGUGUCAGAAGCCAGAAAUCGAAUUCCUGCAGGAUGUUCAAAGAGUCUUGCAGAGGUAUGAGAAGAAGAAGAAACCAUUUGAGUACCCAGUCUCUUUGGAUUACUUGUUGAAAUGGAGGAUUCAGGAAUUUUGUGACAGAAAUUUCUUUCUGGAGGGUGUCCUACAAGAGUUCAAAGAUGGUCUAGCUGGACUUCAUGCAGCAGACAGAGGUAAUUUGGGGGAUCGAUGGAGGAAUAAAUUUACAGAAGGGAUCAAAGCAAAGACUUUUGCAGAAAGUUCUUUCCGUUCAAUUAUAACUCUGGAUCCAAAGACAGCUAGUCCCCAACUUACUGUGUCUACGGACUGUAAAAGCGUGAGACAUGGAGGCAAAGAUCAAGAUCUGCCCAAUAAUCCUGAGAGAAUUUGCUGUGACUGGCCUUUUGUGAUGGGGCGUGAGGAAUUUGAACACGGCAGACAUAUCUGGGAUGUCCUCUUGGGAAGUGAAGGAGACUGGGCUGUGGGAGUCGCCCUGCAGAAUAAUUCCUUGAUUCCUUUCAGAGAUGAAAUAUGGGAAAUUGGAAAGGGGGAAGGGGGAUAUUGGGUCUCCUGCCACAUAGAUUUUCAGGAUCGUCCUCUUUCUCUCAGCGGGGAGCUCAAUAGGAUCCGAGUGUCUCUUAACUGUGAUGGGGGGAGGCUAGCAUUUUUUAAUGCCGAUUCAGGAGCUGAGCUGUUCGCAUUCAAAGAUGUCCAAUUCUUGGGAGCAACCAUCUUCCCCUUCUUUCGAGUGUCUGAAAAGGGAUACCUCACGCUCUCUCCCUAAGGGUCUGAUCUCACAGGCCCUGCGGUCAUUGCUCUCCAUACUAAAAUAAUUGAUGAAAACCAAAUAUUUUUCUGAUCAAGAGCACCUCUGAAAGCUCUACAAAGGCCCAGACCAAUUUCUAGUCACAGUUUCCAAAGCUAACUAACUAAAGAUGGAGAGUUUCCCCCUCCUCUCCUUUCCCAGAUUCCCCCCGCUGCUUAUGUCUUUAAAAGGCAGUAAUAACCCUACCCAAAAAUAAUAUCAUAUUUCUUCUAAGCCCUGGCAGAACUCUUAUUAGAUGCCGUACUGGCAACCACGGCUGUAAUAUUCAGGACUCCCAAUCCUGCUCACAGCCCACAGAGGUAAAAGCCCACAGUUUAAUAGGGUUUAGUAAAUGUGUUUUGAAUUUUCAGCCUCUGUUCCUCUUACUUUAUAUCUCAUCCUUCCCUCCAGGAGCUCUGGAGUUGUACAUGAUUCUCCCCCACCCAAUUCUAUCCUUGCAACUCUAUGAGGGAGGAUAACCGAGAGAGAGGGUUACUGGCCUAGGAUUAAUUUCACUUUGCCAUUUGGGAGUGAAUUUUCUGUCAGGAUUUCUCUUUUUAAUUGUGCUCUGGAGACAAAUGUGAUAGUUAUAUCUUUUGCACUGACAAUGUCCCCCUCCAUUUUUCUAGAUAUGUAUAUCCAUAUUGUGGCCUAAUAAAUUAGUCUUUUAAGA